CUUCAGGGCGAGAUCGAAAGGUUUGUCCCUCGUGGCUCCUCGUACUUGCCCGGGCGUCGCCAUUGUUAAGGACGCUGUUUCUGUUCCUGCUGCGUGUGCGUGGGGGCCCGUGGGAGAGACACUCGCCGCCAUCUGAUCUCGGGGGCUCCAACACAAACCCGGCAGGUGUAGAAGGUGAAACAUGUUGUCGGUCACUGUGGAUAACAGUGGGUCUCCGAAGAAGCGGACGCUCUCGCGUGGAAUCGGCGAGGAUGAGUCACUCCGGAGCUUCAUAAAGGAGGCCGAGAGCUCGUCCAGGCGCGUCACACGAAGCGAGAGCCGAGCAGGAACUUUGAAGAAGAGGCCUGACAGCCAGCCGCCUGACCAGGACCUCUUCAUGGGACUUCCUGAAAUGCUGGAGCUGCAGUCCAGCUACGACGAGGCGCUGCAGGAGCUGCGUGGUCUGGAGGUGGAGCGCCAGGCUCUGAUGUUCCAGGUGGACGUCCUGCAGGACACGCUGGAGGGCGUGGAGGAGCUGCUGGCUGAGGCCCAGAGGGAGGCAGCAGAGGCCAACUCGGAGUUGGGGCGUGAGCGGGACGCCAAGAGGAAGCUGCAGAUGUUGGUUGGCUCUCUGAUGCAGGAAGUGGAAACAUUAAAAGAGGAAGGAAGCGUCCACCAGGUGGCGUGUCCCAGGGAGGUGUCCGCAGACUCACCAGAACCCCUCAGGAACCAGAACUCUGUGGACCAUGGCGGCGUGACGACCAAGCUGAUGUGGGCGUCCAACAGCGCCCCCUCCCUGGCACUGGACCACCCGCAGUGUGUGGACGGUGUGCAUAGGCGGCCUUACCAAGGCGGGCGAGAUCCAUCCCCGGACAAGAGCGAUUCCGACACGGCAAGUACGUACGAGGACGCGUCUGCUGAGAGUCCUGAGCAGGAUCACCUCUUCCCGGGUGUCACCCUGGAACUGCACAAGGAAGGCCAACAUGGUGACAGCUGUCUUCUGUCUUAAUUUGUUACACACUGAUUGUCUGAGUGCGUGCGUGCGUGCGUGCGUGUCUCCCUUCUGCCAUCUAGUGGAAGAACAUGUCUUUGCUGCAGGUUUGUGUGGUUCUCUUCUGCCAUCUAGUGGAAGAACAUGUCAUAGUUCUGCUCCAUGAUGAACAUGUUUGCCACCAUUUAAGUGAAACUUGCUGAUAUUUAUCUUCAUGUCUUGUUUCUUGGCCUGCACAAGGGAAAAAAAGAGACUGCAAUGUGUGUAUUGAAGUAGUUUUUGGGAGUCUCACCUGAGAUGCUUGAAGUCAGCGUCCAGUUUGUAAGGGAAGCACUUUUUAUUCACUGCCUGGAGCUUGAUUUUGUAUGUCUUUUCUAUCCUUUUCUGUGGAGGAAUUUGCACUUUUCACAAGUUGGCAUAAAAGUACUUUUCAAACAUUCCCUUCAGCAGCAGCAGCAGCGUCUGCAUGUUUGCACUGGUCAAGGUAAUUUGGACUUUUUUUUACGUCUGCUUUGCUGUAAACCUUCCACUUUUUGUAUGUCAUGUUACAAUGUUUGCACCUAUUUAAAAUAAAUCAUUUUACUUUGAAAAUAUCAAUGAUUUCCCAUGAAGUGGAAUGGGCAUGUGUACUUUUGAUUUAUCUAUUUGUCACAAUCAAGUCAUCUUUUGAUACUUUGACUGCACUUUCUUCUCUGCUUGGUUUUCACAUGUGUUUGGAUGCUAAGUAAAUGUUUUGUUCUAAGAGAGUGACUCAUAAAUACACAUUUCAAAAUAAAAGGUUUC